AAGACCACGAGAAUGCGGGUGGGUGGUUAAAAUUUCACAAACAAACAAAAAAAAAACUAGUUUUUUGUAUAAAAGUGUAAAAAGAAUUUGUGUCCAAAAUGAAUUUGUGGAUAAUUCUCAUUGUUUGUUGGUACGGAAUUUUGUGUGAAGUCGGAUGUCGGAGUGUCCAUAGAUACAAACAAGCCCCACAAAAUCUCUUCGACGAGAAGAACAAAGAACAUUGGCAGCUGCAAGCGCAAUGGACAUUGCGUUCGAAGGUUUUAGCUCCUUUAAACAAGAAAGUAGCUAAGAAUGUCAUCUUAUUUCUUGGGGACGGCAUGAGCAUUACAACGCUCGCCGCCACGAGAGCAUACCUCGGCCAGCAGCGGGGACUAAAUGGUGAAGAGCUCAAACUGAGUUUCGAAAUUUUCCCGUACACCGGCUUAGCUAAGACGUAUUGUGUAGAUAAUAACGUAGCGGACUCUGCGUGUAGUGGUACCGCGUAUCUGACUGGAGUGAAGGCCAACAGUGGAACUGUAGGUCUUACCGCCGCCGUCAAGAGAGGAGACUGCGAAGGACAAAUUGAAGGCAGACAUUCUGUCACCGGACUUAUGGAUUGGGCGCAACGGGCCGUCAAAUCUACUGGUCUCGUGACCACAACACGAGUGACCCACGCCACUCCCGCCGCCGCAUACGCUCAUUCAGCCGAUAGGAGAUGGGAAGCUGACACCGAUCUUCCAAGCAAAGGCCCUCGCUGCGAUGACAUAGCGACGCAAUUAGUUAGAGGACGUAUCGGCAGUAAAAUUGAUGUGGUCCUUGGUGGAGGUCGACACAAUUUCUAUCCUAAAAACGAGAUAGACCCCGAAGGAUACUCCGGUUAUCGAAGCGAUGGUGUCAAUCUAGCAAGGGAAUGGUUGAUUAAGAAGAAAUCGCAGGGACGCACCCCGAAAUACCUUUACAAUAGAAACGACUUACUGAAUCUUAAAGUCAACGAAUACGACAGCUUAUUAGGUUUGUUCAGCCCUGAUCACAUGCCGUAUCAUUUGGAAGCUGACGGUGAUGAUCCGACGCUGACGGAAAUGACUAGGAAAGCCAUUGAAAUGCUGUCGAAAAACAAAAACGGAUUUUUCUUGUUCGUUGAAGGUGGAAGAAUAGACACGGCGCAUCACGAAACGAAAGCUCGCAAAGCUUUGGAUGAGACAGCAGAGUUCGCGAAAGCCGUUGAAGCGGCCGUCAGGAUGGUGGACGCCGAAGAGACCCUAAUCGUUGUGACAUCGGACCACAGUCAUACGAUGACAUACAGUGGAUACAGUAAGAGAGGCACCGAUAUCCUAGGAUUUACCAAUAAGCUGAACGCAUCAGACAGUCUUCCGUAUACAACAUUAAGCUACGCCAACGGCCCGGGAUAUAAGCCACACGAGAAGUUUUUGAGACACAAUCUUAUGCUUGACGAUAUAAAUCAUCUGAACUUCACCUAUCCAUCGCUGGUGCCCAUAGUUCGCGAGACCCACGGCGGAGAGGAUGUCGCUGUCUACGCCACGGGACCAUGGUCUCAUCUCUUCACCGGCAACUACGAACAGAAUUAUCUUCCUCAUGCGAUCGCCUACGCAGCUUGCAUUGGAAACGGCCUGACGUCGUGUCAAUCGCUAUAAAGGACAAUGCCCAUUUUCUUUGGGCGUUUGGGCCCCUAAAAAAAGUUAU